AUGCACUUUCCCUUGCAUCCCGCACUCCCCCUCACAUCCCGCACUCCCCCUCACAUCCUGCACCCCCCCUCACAUCCCGCACUCCCCCUUACAUCCCGCACUCCCCCUUGCAUCCCGCACUCUCCCUCACAUCCCGCACUCCCCCUCACAUCCCGCACUCCCCCUCACAUCCCGCACUCCCCCUCACAUCCCUCACUCCCCCUCACAUCCGGCACUCUCCCUCACAUCCUGCACUCUCCCUCCCCUACUCCCUUCUAUCUCCCCCCUCCCGCCACUCCCUUCUCUCGCCCUCCCUUUUCCACUGACCGUACCUGCGCCAUCCGCAAGGCACGCUGUCUCUUGCUUCAAUACGCAUCCUCCCUCUUGACUUCUCCCCCCCACAUGAGUGUACCUGCGACAUUGUCACGGCACACAGGCGCACAUGAGUAUGCCCUGACUGACCUUUCUCCCUUUCCCUGUUUCACCCUCCGCCUCCCUCCCCCUCCCUCCCCCUCUCUCCCCCUCCCUCCCCCUCUCUCCCCCUCCCUCCCCCACCCUCGCCCUCCCUCCCCCUCCCUCCUCCCAACUCCCUCUCCCUCUCCCUCCCCCGUCUUCGCAUGUCAUUGUGAGAGAAGCCGCUCAAGGCUGCUCAUCUGGUGCUGGAGAAGUAUGAAGUGGCGAUGCAGGCCGACCGACCUACAGCCGUGCCUAGCAGCCAUAGCACAGCUGCAGGAGGGCAUGUUGGAGGCGCGCAUCAAAGAAGGUCCCAAGGCCGACCUAGAGCCGUACUUAGCAGCUAUAGCACAGCUGGAAGAGAGCGUGCGGUGCUCUGAGGUGCUCCAACCGGUGAAGGGCGCCUGGCAGUUGGCUCUGUCUCACUCCCAGGCGCUGCUGAAGGAGGCCCAUCACCGCCUGAAUGCUGCUUUCAAGCAGCAGCUGCAGCAGUUCACCAAGGCUGCACAUCCAGCAAAGCUAGCAGAAGCGAUCAAGCAGGCCGAGUCGGAGGGCAAUGGGCUGCCGGUGCUGCUGGCAAAUAGAAAGGCGGGCGAGCGCAUCCGCCAGCUGGCAGAGGCACUCAUCCGGAUUGGCCGGGCCAAUAAAUGCCUGAAGAUAUACACCAAUGUGCGCGGCGCCGCGGUGAAGGCGGGGUUUAAGCGCAUGAACUGCACGGAGGAGCUCACACGUGAGCAGAUGGAUUGCAUGGUUUGGACGGAUCUGGAGACGCGCGUUGAGGGGUUGUGGAAGCCGCAGAUCAGCAUGGCGGUGGAUGUGGUUUUCAAGGCGGAGAGGGCGCUGUGUGAGACGGUCCUUGCAGGGUUGGAGCCGCACUCAAGCAAGGCGUUUGCAGACCUGGCGGAUCUCACGCUGGGCAUGCUGUUUGGCUUCGGGGAGGUGGUGGUGAGCCAAAGAAUGCCGGUGAAUCAGGCCAAGGAGCUGAUGGAUAUGUUCGAAACACUGUUGAAGAUGUAUGAGACCAUGCGGGCGCUCAUACCACAGGUGGAGGUGGUGUUUGCGGGCACGGCAUGUGAUGCCAUCCGGAGCAGCGCGCAGCAGCUGCUGCAGCGACUAGCAACGGCCUCUAAGGAUGCAUUUAACAACUUUGAGCUGGCAGUGGCGAGCGAUGAGAAUUAUAGCAUGCCGCGCGAUGGCACCAGGCAUGCGCUCACCAGCCACGUGGUGAACAACUUCAACUAUCUCAAUGACGGCUUCCAGCCCACCAUGCAGUCACUCUUUGGCGCUGGCAGCAACAUCUUCAGUGACAAUAUGAAGCGGGCCUUUGCGGUGCUUUACACAAACCUGGUGGAGAGGAAGAGCAAGCAGUAUGACAAUGCGGCGCUCAGUGAGUUCUUCCUCAUGAACAACGCUCACUACAUCGUGGAGCGUGUCAUCAAUGGCAAUCUAAAGGAUGUGGUGGGGGAGGAGUGGAUCUACCAGCAGCGGGGCAUCGUAGAGAAACAUGCCAAGGCGUACCUUCGGAUGUCAUGGAGAAAGAUUUUUGAGCUACUGAAGCCGGAAGGGCCAUCAGAGGAGGGCAUGGAGGGCAUUGCGCGCCGCAACACUGUCAAAGAGAAGUUCCGUGUGUUCAAUGCCACAUUUGAGGAGCUGCAUCGCACGCAGUGCAUGUGGAAGAUCCCAGAUCCCAAGCUGCAAUCCGCCCUGCAGCAAAGGAUUUCCAAGGACCUGUUGCCCGCCUACCGCUCCUUUCUGCAGCGAUGCACGUGA